AUGGAUCCGACCACCGGUCUCCCUCUUGCGUUCGGCAAAAUUGCACCACAGCAGAAGCAGGUUGCUGACCGAUCCAAGCUUGAUGCGACCAAGCGCGUUGACGUGAGUGGUGCACAUGUAUGAGCUAGGCGUGCGCGGUGACUCGGGACCAGCGAACUCUGAGCUGAGUUCAUCACCCGACCUCGACUUCUCCGCAGACGGACGAGCACACACCUACGGCUUCGACUUCUAAGGCCACUUUGAUCGAAGACGACUCGGACAACGAACCCCUCGACGAUGACGAGCGUGAUAAUGCACGACAAGCAAGAGAGGAGCGCAGAGAUCAGCCGCGCGACGAGGAUGAGGACGAGGAUGACGAUGAACACGAUCGACGGCACAAAUACGUCAUCUCCAGGGGACCCGCCAUGCCACCACCAGAACCCGUCGGUGACCUACCUGUAUCACACGAAGCCAUACUCAAGGACCACCAGAAGGUGAGCAAGUCCCAGCGAUUUCUCAUUCAAUUCAAGCUGACUUGAUCCCCCUCCAAUGCAUGCCCGAUGCACACAGGCCGUCUCAGCGCUCUCCAUGGACCCGGCAGGUGGACGUAUUGUUUCGGGCUCUUACGAUUACGACGUCAAGCUGUGGGACUUUGCAGGAAUGACGGCCGCAUUCAAGCCCUUCCGAAGCUUUGAGCCCAAGACCGGUCACCAGGUGAGAGCUCGCAGCCGAGCCCAAGCUGCAAGUACCACACACACAGAUCUCUGGAAUAUUCUUCAACAGGUACACGAUGUUCAAUUCUCUCCUUCGGGUGCAAAUCUACUGGUCGCCACAGGCACCAACCAGGCCAAGCUCUACGAUCGAGACGGUCUUGAAGUGUAGGUCCAGAUUCGGUGACUGUGCGGCGAGGCUUCUGGGAGCCACCACCGACUGACUUUCGACAUUACGCAGCGCCGAGUUCAAUAAGGGAGAUAUGUACAUCCGAGAUCUGAGGCAUACAGAGUAAGAUCACCGUUUUACUGGGAUCCUCGCGCGCCCCCACGUCAUUGACAAGCUCGGUUCGAACCAAAAUAGUGGUCACGUCGCGGCACUCACCUCCCUCGCGUGGAAUCGAAUCAAGCCAACACAAUUCGUCACCGCUUCCGAGGAUUCGACACUGCGAAUAUGGGACGUUGCGAACCGCCGGAAGAGCACCAACGUCAUCGUCGUCAAGAGCAAAGAGCGAGGGGGUCGAAGCAAAGUCACGAGUUGUGCAUGGUCACAGGACGGGAAAACGAUUGCUGCUUGUACGUUCCCAGAUUCCUAUCACCGGAGAGACUUUUCUGCUGAUGUGAACAUGCUGGACGACAGCUUGCGAGGACGGUGCUUUACACAUGUGGGCAGCCAACUCGAAUUUCGCUCGUCCGAACGCCGUAAGUCAUCAUUCGCAAGCUACCUCAUCUUCGGUCAAGGUGUCCUAAUUCGUCCCGCGUGUCAUGAAUCCAUAGAGUUCCGAGUCGGCCCACACAAAAGGUACCACGACAUCUUGUGUGCUCUUCUCAUCCGAUGGACGCCAGCUCGCAUCGAGGGGCGGCGACUCGACCGUUAAGUUAUGGGACUGUCGACAAUUCCGCAAACCGCUCUUCACAGCCACGGACCUACCCUCGGCCAACCCCGAAACGAGUCUUUGCUUCUCACCGGACGAGAAGUACUUACUCACGGGUACUUCAGGAGCGCAUGCGGGUGUACUUGAAGGGUCUGCUGAACAAGAGCGAGCACGGGAAGCCGGUGCAGGUACGCGGGGCACAGGGGGUAAAGUCGUCGUCUUGAAUCGCGAAGGCUUGACCAACUACAAGACGAUCGAGUUGUCCCCCUUCUCCGUCAUUCGCGUGCUGUGGCAUCCCAAGAUCAAUCAGAUUGUCACCAGUUCCUCCGACGGCUCGAUCCACGUCCUGUAUUCCCCCGAAACGUCCGUGCGAGGCGCAACGAUGGCUUUGUUGAGGGCACCGAGGAAGAAGGCCGUCGACGAUUACUCGAGUGCGGCGGAUCUCGUUGGGUCGAGGCCGAUCAUCGCGCCGCAUACGUUGCCUGCGUUCAGGGACGAUGGAGCGCAUAUGAGCGCCAAUUCGAGAGGUGGGAAGAGGAGGCGAGAGAAGGAACGACAGGAUCCCAAGAAGACGAUGAAGCCUCGUAAGAAUCUCGUGCUCCGGGAACAGACGAACGUCAAGUCUCACUUUGCUGAUGUGAAUCAUAUUUUCUUCUCUCUUGCAGUGCCACCGGUGGUGGGACCGGGUCGUGGUGGUCGGGUCGGAGCAUCAGCUACGCAACACGUCGUGCAAGGCCUCGUUCGCGACAACUUGCGCGAACAGGAUCCCCGAGAGGCUUUGCUCAAGUACGCGACCGCUAGCGUGGAAGAGAAUGAAUGGACCGCCGCUUGGACCAAGAAUCAACCCAAGCCCGUAUUCGAUCUGAGACCGGACACCGACGAUGAGGAUGAUGACCCCAAAAAGAAGGGCAAAGCGAUGGGCUUCUAG